UAUCGACAAAAUAUAUACUCCUCCUUCCCCAAAUUCACAAAACCCAUAGACAUUAGACGCAGAAGUAAAAUACAGUCAGAAACAAUGGCGACGAAAGAGAUGCAAGUAGUGAAGGGGCUGGACAUCGAGAGAUACAUGGGGAGAUGGUACGAGAUCGCAUCGUUCCCGUCGAGAUUCCAGCCGAAAAGCGGCGUGGACACACGCGCCACCUACAGUCUGAACCCCGACGGCACGGUUCACGUGCUGAACGAGACGUGGACGGAUGGGAAGAGGGGCUACAUCGAAGGCACCGCCUACAAAGCCGAUUCCAACAGCGAUGAGGCUAAGCUCAAAGUCAAAUUCUACGUUCCCCCCUUUCUGCCUAUCAUCCCCAUCACUGGUGAUUAUUGGGUUCUCUACCUCGAUGCUGAUUAUCAGUAUGCUGUAGUUGGCCAGCCCUCCCGCAAUUAUUUAUGGAUUCUGAGCAGGAAGGCUCAUAUUGAUGAGGAGACAUACAAUAUGCUGGUGGAGAAGGCCAAAGGGGAAGGAUACGAUGUGAGCAAGCUCCACAAAACGCCUCAAUCUGAUACCCCGCCCGAAACUGAGAACGCCACCAACGACACUAAAGGCAUCUGGUGGCUUAAAUCCAUCUUUGGAAAAUAGGAUGUAGUAUAAGAUAGUACUCCAUGUUGAACAAGAAGACUAUGUAUUCAUAUUAAUAUUUCGUCUUAUUUCCUCCUUGUGCAUAAUAUAACAUGCUAAGAGUUUUUAUCUA